AGUUAUAUAUUAUUCCCUCCUUGCACUUAUGUUUUUAUUAUUCUUUCUAGGUUUUGUUAUGCUUUGAGCCUUUGGAUAAAAAACUAAAGUCCUUUGUAGAGUUCUCAUUUUCUUCCUCGUCCUCUUACAUAUCUCAUUUAUUAUGUCAAAAGCCUAGUUUGGCUGAUAGCCUAGUUUGUCAUUCGAAAGUUAAAAAUCCUGAUGUUGACGUUUAAUUCUGUGGACACAGAUAAAACAAUUGCCAGUAUUACUGUGACUGACAUUUUGUGCUGUUUAGUAUUGUGUAUAUACACUUAACAUAUCUUUGUUAUAUUUUAAUUUCUAUGUAUAUUUCAUAAUUGGGUUGUUUUGAGCCUCUGCUGAUGUCUGCAUUAUCACCAACAGCCUGUGGUUCUUUUUAAUUUGCUCAAUAAUGUGCCUUGACAUUACACGAUUGAUGGAGCAGGAUAGGAGAAAAAUUGAGAGUGAAUUUUUUAGCGGGAAUCUUUGUGGUGUUGCUGCAACUAAUGCCUUAGAGUUGGGUAUUGAUGUUGGACAUAUUGAUGUAACCCUGCAUCUAGGCUUUCCUGGUAGUAUCACUAGUCUGUGGCAGCAAGCUGGAAGGUCUGGGAGAAGGGAAAAGCCCUCACUUGCUGUAUAUGUUGCAUUUGAAGGGCCUCUUGAUCAGUAUUUUUUGAAGUUUCCCCAGAAACUCUUCAGGAGUUCCAUCGAGUGUUGUCAUGUUGAUCCUAAAAAUCAACAGGUGCAUGAACAACACCUGGUUUGUGCUGCGGUUGAACACUCACUGAGCUUUCUUCACAAUGAGACUUAUUUUGGUCCUCGCAUAAAGAAUGCCGUAAUGGCACUUAAAACUAAAGGAUACUUGAUUGCUGAUCCCUCACGAGAUUCUCCUAACAGAAUUUGGAGUUACAUUGGGCAUGAGAAAAUGCCUUCUCAUAAUGUUAGUAUACGAGCAAUUGAAACUGAGAAGUACAAAGUAAUUGUCAAGCAAAAGAAUGAAGUCCUUGAAGAGAUUGAGGAAAGCAAGGCUUUCUUUCAGGUAGAAUGAUUAUGAGUUUUGAUGGGAAUUAUUAUAUUGAUAUAUGGCAAUUCAUAUUUAUGCAUGGUAAGACUUUUGCUGUUGUAGAUCUUUGGAGUGUUUUUUGUGCAUGGUUGACUUCUAGUCUAAUUAUGUUCGGAUUCUUUACACUUUUUGCAAUUUUAUUUAUUUAUUUUUAUUUUGCUGAGCCAACUACAUUUCAUGCCUUUUUUUCUCCAAUUGCCUCUCAAUCUUUCAGGGUCUUUUUGCCCAAGGAUGUUAUCUGCCUAUUUCUUUUAAAUAAUAAUCGUACUUCAUACUUGGUUCUUCAGAUUAUUUUCCAUUAUUCUAAAAAAUAAAAAUUUAGUUGGUCUAUGCAGUUACAAUGGUAACCUAAUAAUUUUUUUUGAUCUU